AUGCGUCUCACUAUCCGCGACACCAAGGAGCAGGUCGGCUCCUACAUCGCCGACUACAUCGUCAAGCGUAUCAACGACUUUGUGCCCCGUGAGGGCCACCCCAACUUUGUCCUCGGCCUGCCUACUGGCUCGUCCCCCUUGCCCGUGUACAAGCGUCUCGUCGAGGCUCACAAGGCCGGCAAGGUGUCGUUCAAGGACGUUGUCUCGUUCAACAUGGACGAGUACGUCGGCAUUGCCCGCGACCACCCCGAGUCGUACCACACUUUCAUGUUCAAGAACUUCUUCUCGUUGAUUGACAUCAACCCCAAGAACACGAACAUUCUCGACGGCGAGGCCGAGGACCUGUACGCCGAGUGCCACAACUACGAGGCUAAGAUCAAGGCUGUGGGCGGCAUCGACCUCUUCCUCGGUGGCAUCGGCGCCGACGGCCACAUUGCGUUCAACGAGCCCGGCUCGUCGCUGCAGUCGCGCACUCGCAUCAAGACGUUGGCGUACGAGACCAUCAUUGACAAUGCGCGUUUCUUCAACAACGACCUCGCAUCGGUCCCGCGCAUGGCCCUUACCGUCGGUGUGGCCACUGUCAUGGACGCCAAGGAGGUCGUCCUCAUCGUCACUGGCCAGAACAAGGCCCUGGCGCUCAGCCAGAUGAUCGAGGGCAGCGUCAACCACAUGGUCACGGCGUCGGCCCUGCAGACGCACAAGUGGGCCCUGGUCGUGUGUGACGAGGACGCCACGUCCGAGCUCCGCGUCAAGACGGUCAAGUAUUUCAAGAGCAUUGAGAAGGUCCAGGACGAGGUGGAGGCCAAGUACGGCGCCAUGGGCAAGGACAAGCUCGGCCAGGGCCGUAUCACGGCUGCCUAA